AUGGAAAUUUUACGUUUAUUACCUGGAGUUACUACAUUAAAAAUUUAUUCUUUAUCAGUUUUACAACAAGGAGAUUUAUCAGAUGAUGAAAUUGAAUUUCUUUGUAUUCUAUUACCUAAAAAUCAAAUUAAAAAAAUUUGUUUUGAUCAUAUGAAAAACAUGAAUGAACUUUAUAUGUUAUCUUUAAUUUGUUCUCAUGUUAAUCAUCUUCAAAUAAAGUGUAUUAAAUAUAUGCAUACUGAAUUAUUAACAGGACUUAUUUUAACACAAAUUAAGAGUGUAUCCAAUUCUUUACUUCGAUUAUUAUGUUUUUCUAUUCCAAAAGCACAUGAUGAAAUGAUUGAAAAAUUAGAAAAAAUGAUUGAUCGUGAAAAUUUACGUUUUGAUUUUACGAUUAAACAUGUUAUGGAUAAAAUUUAUUUACAAUGGAAAUAA